AUGGAAGAAGAAACGGACCGGGGACUGAAGCAGGAAACCCCAGAGAUGAAAGAGGAGCCAGAGGAGCAAAGCAUCAACCUGGAGCCUCAGCACAGCUCACAGUGCAUCGCAGACUUGAACAUUGUGUGUGUGAAGAAAGAAGAGUUUGAGCCAAAGCAAGAAGAGGACACAGAGGGAGAGGACGUCAGUGCAGAGACUGAAGGUGACACCGACCACUCUUCUGACUGGAGAGCUUCCUCGGAUCAAGAAGACGGCGAAGACAAAGUCUUGAACGAUCAGCCGUCACUCAAACACAAGUCUGCGCCAGUGACCAGCGAAAACAGUGCAGAGACAAAGUCUGGAGACAAAAAGCAGUUGCUCCAGUGCCCGUUCUGCGCGAAGAUGAUCAAAGGAUCGACGCUCCACAAGGGUCUGUGUUCGCCCCGCUCCUUUAGAGAAUCUACACAUGAUGAUGAUGCAGCUAUUGUGGCUCGCGUCAGGGACCAGGAAGUGGAGGCGGAGACUUGA